AUGGGUUCCGGAUGUUGCUCUGACGGUCCUGUCAAGGACCAGCAGUGCGACGGCCCUUCUACUGAAGUUCAACAUGGUCACGAUCAUGUGCAUGAUCAAGGCCACGAACGCGAAUUCCACUGCUCCAGCAAUGCAGACUGCGACAGUGCUGAAGAUGUGACCUGUUUCGAGGAGGAUUGCGAUGCCAAGACGUAUUGCGAUUCCGAGGAUGACUCGUCAUGUCGUUCCAAAAAGCUCGAGUGCUGCACCUCGAAGGAAGAGCACUGCGAUGAGAAAUGCAUCAUUGCCGCUGCCGCCGUCGAGUGCGAGAAAGCUUGUGACGAUGAUACUGCCCAUGACGGUGCGCCCGAUCACAAGCACACACACGAUAAGGAUGGCCAUCACCUGGCUUCAGCUUGUAGCACUCACCUCACCAAGGCAUUCGAGCAGUACAGCGCCUAUCUCGAGACGGCCCGUUGCAUCUGCCGCAACAUUCUUGAGCGCGGCUUGCCCGCCACUUGUUGUAGUGAUCAACAGGCUGCUGCCGCCGCCACUGCCGCUGCCGCUCCCGCCUUGGCUUCUACCGCUGCGAAGAGGGGCCGCGACAACACCGAGGCACGGGCGACGGCCCAUACUCACGGCCAGCAUAAGCAUCAUCAUCACCAUAAUAUCAAACGACGUGGCAAGAAGUCUGCACACGACCAUGAUAUGGAUAUAAAGCCUGUCCGCGACGACGAGUCCGACUGUUGUGGUGGCCACGAUGAUCAUCAUCACCACCGCCCUGCUCUCGGAAAGGAGCAACCCAUCCUCUUCCUUGACGGUGAAAAGGAUAUCGAGAGGGAUGCUGGGUUGGAGCACGUUGCUCUCGUUGUCGAUGGCAUGACCUGCUCUGGAUGCGGCAACAAGCUCGAGCGUACCCUCAAGGCCGUUCCUGGCGUGUCUGGUGUACGUGUUAACUUCGUCAUGGGCAAUGCCGAGUUCAAACUUGACGGCACUGCGGGCAAAGUCGAGGAAGUCAUUCGUAAUGCUGAGCGAGCCACCGGUUUCCAUUGUACCCGAAUGUCCAGCGAUGACCAGACGCUCGAUAUACUCGCUUCAGGCGCGGCCGCAAAGGCAAUGGUCGACCUGGCGAUUCUCGGUGUCAGUGAUAUCAACGUGAUGGAUCCCAAGGUUGUCCGAGUCACUUAUGAUCCGGCUGUCAUCGGUGCUCGUACCCUUUUUGAAAGAAUCGGUUCACUCUCGACCGGGCUGGCACCUCCUCGCGACGACCCUUCGGUUGCAAGUGGAAGAAAGAGGAUGUAUGAUCAGCUGGUAAAGACUGCCGUGGCCGCAGUUCUAACCAUACCCGUCGCUGUUCUUGCUUGGGGUGACACCCUUGUCAGCAAGAAAACGCGUUCCAUUGUUUCGAUUGUGCUGGCAACUCUCGUCCAGCUCAUCGCCGUGCCGGAAUUCUACAAGCCAGCCACCUCAUCCCUGAUCUACAGCCGCACCAUUGAAAUGGAUAUGCUGGUCGUCAUCAGCAUAACCGCUGCCUACGUCUACUCGGUUGUGGCUUUUGGCUUACGCCUAGCCAGCCCGGAUGUCGACGUCAAGGAAUUCUUCGAGACCAGCACUCUGCUCAUUACUCUGGUCUUGCUUGGUCGCUUUGUCGCUGCCUAUGCACGCAUUCGUGCUGUUGCUGCUGUAUCGCUUCGCUCCCUCCAAGCCUCUACCGCUGUGGUCGUGGAAGGCGGGAAGGAUGUUGAGAUUGACGCUCGCCUCCUCCAGUACGGUGACAAGUUCAAGGUCCUCCCGCACUCGACUGUACCCACUGAUGGCCUCGUGGUCAACGGUUCCAGCGAAGUGGACGAAUCCAUGCUGACCGGAGAAAGUGUGCCUGUUUUCAAGAAACAGCGCGACACUGUAAUUGCUGGCACCGUCAAUGGGUCCGGCACGCUCACGGCACAGCUCACACGUCUUCCUGGCAAGAACACCGUCACCGACAUCGCCGAACUCGUCGAAGAAGCAGCCAAUUCGAAGCCCAGAAUCCAGAACAUUGCCGACCGUGUGGCCAGUUGGUUUGUUCCUGUCGUUGCCACGGUUGCUGUCAUUGUCACAAUUGCAUGGGUAGUUGUGGGUUUGAAAGUUGACAAGGUUUCAACCGGUAAAGCGAUAUCUGAGGCCAUCACCUAUGCCGUCGCCGUUCUCGCCGUAUCGUGCCCCUGUGCUCUUGGUCUCGCCGUACCUAUGGUGCUAGUUGUUGCAGGUGGUAUUGCCGCCAAGGGUGGUGUCAUUAUCAAGUCGGCGGAGUGCACUGAACGGGCUCGCAUGGUGACUGACAUUGUCUUUGACAAGACUGGCACCAUCACCGAAGGGGACCUGGAUGUUGUCGAAGAAGAAAUUCUCACCUCCGAUCCUGACGAAGUUCGAGCCAUUACCAAGGCCCUUGUGGCAGGCAACAAGCAUCCCGUUUCCGUGGCGGUCGCAAAGCACCUCGCUCAGCGAGCAAUCCCCGAAAUCAAACUCGAGGAUCCCCAUGUUAUUCCGGGUGCUGGCGUGGAAGCAACUUUCAACGGUCGCGCCGUGUGCGCUGGAAACCCAAAGUGGACUGGAGUUGACUCCCUACCUUCUGUCAUACUGCUUCAGGAUGCUGGCAUGACUCUCCUGGUUGUUACGCGGGACUCGUCUCCCAUUGCCAUCUUCGGUUUGCGCACCCAUCUCCGCACAGAAGCAGCCAAUGUCAUUGAUCAACUCAGCCGCCGUGGAAUCGCCGUCCACCUCGUUUCCGGGGACCAAACACGCGCUGUCGAGUCGGUUGCUGCACAGGUCGGCAUUCCUAACGUCGCUGCCCAAAGAACCCCGGCCCAGAAGCGGGAUUAUGUUGCUUCGCUCAUGUCCGAUGGCAAGGUCGUCAUGUUUGUUGGUGACGGCACGAAUGACGCUGUAGCGGUCACUCAGGCCGAUGUUGGCGUCCAACUCGGCAGUGCCGCGUCGGCGAGCGACGUCACUCGUGGAGCUGCGGACGUGGUUCUCCUCGCGGGCUUGGAAGGCAUCCCCUUUUUGCUGGACGUGAGCGGCGCCAGCUUCAGACGCAUGGUCUUUAACUUUGUCUGGUCGGCCGUUUACAAUGUUCUCGCCAUCCUCAUGGCGGCCGGGGCGCUCGAGAAGUACAAUGUGCGCAUUGAACCUGCGUAUGCUGGCUUGGGCGAGAUCGUCAGUGUGCUACCGGUCAUUGCGGCUGCCAUGACAAUGAUGAGAAAGAAGAUCCGAACCGAGGCUUAG